AUGACUUUCAGGACCAGGGCAGCCAGGUUGGACCUGCGUCACUUUGCUGGACUGACAAGAGGUAAAGGGAGUGAUAGAAGGGACAUAUCUAAGCAGAGUGUGCUUCUCUCAUGUAUCCCAAAGGAGAGUGGCUUUCUGUUUCUUUCUCCACAGAUACAUAGAAUCCCACACACUGCUGGACUUCAGAAAGAACUCACCUGCUCAAUCUUGAGAGUGCAGACGGUGGAAAUACCGCUGAGGUGUCUGAUCUGCUGGGACCAUACAUUUCACAAAAACCUAGAAAACGUGCUGCCUAAAAGCCAAGAUGACUGGUCCAGAGAAAACAUUGUUCAAUUACUGGUAUGUACAAAAAAAAAAAAUCUAUCCAGCGACAAGCACAUGUUCAAAAUAACUCAGUCAGUGAUGGACUGGGAAAAAAUAGCUUGUAAAGAAUUUUCUGGGGAAAUGUACAAACUCAAAUGGUUAGAGAUUUCCCAUAAUGUUAGAAAGCUUCAUACUUUGACAGAAUUAGUCCUGGAAGCUAAGGAAAAUGUUCACAAUCCUUCCAAAAGCAGAAAACACAAGAAACAUCCUGAUUUACCCAAGAACCCCUUGACAGCUUACCUCCACUUUUUUAAAGAGAUGAGACCUCAGUACCUCCAAAAACACCCCAAGAUGAGCAACCAGGAGCUGACCAAGGCUCUGUCUGAGGCAUACAGGAAGCUGCCAGAACAGCUCAAGCUGAAAUAUAGUCAAGAUUUCCAGAAAGAAAAGCAGGAGUUUCAGGAGAAAAUGGCUCUAUUUAGAGAAGAGCACCCUGAUCUAGUCCAGAACUCCAAGAAAACUGAUGUCCCCAAAGGAAGUCAAAGCAAAGUGCCAAAUAAGUUUCAGGAAAAUGUGCACACAGUGAAGUCUCCCCCAGAAAACAAUUUACUCAUGAAGUGUAAAUUCCAAGGAGAGCCCAAGAAGCCCCCAAUGAAUGGCUAUCACAGGUUCCACCAGGAUCUCUGGUCCAGCAGGGAGCUGAAACUGGUGCCCCCGAGGGAGCGCAUGGUGGAGAUCAGUAGAUGCUGGCAGCGGGUCCCCCAGGACCAGAAGGAGCUUUAUAAGAAGCAGGCGGAGGGGCUUCAGACACAGUACAAGGUGGACCUUGAUCUCUGGCUCAGGACUCUGUCUCCUGAAGAAUAUGCUGCUUACAGAGAGGUGACCUCUGCUAAGCCUAAGAACAUGAGUGUGACGGGGGGCCCAAACCCCAAGACUAGCAGGAUGGGUCUGCAGUCCCCAUCAUCAAGGAAUCUGCAAGGAAGACUUAGAGAGGACCUGGGGCUUCAGGCUCCAGAGUUAGCAUAA